UUGCAGAAUUUGGCAGCGAAAAUAUGCAAAUUUGCUUGUCUGAAUGAUAAUGACUACGAUAGUGGCAUUGAAUCAAACGAAUUUUGCUUUAAAGAAAGACAACAAAUUUGAAUCUACAAUAUUACGAACGACGCCUAUGACGAACACUGAUGGAAGCUUACCUUUACCUUUGGAACCAGAUUUACAAAGUACGCCAGAAGUUAGUUACGUAGGAAACAUUGACGACAAGAACGAUGGCAUUCAUUUCAGGAAGAUAAUGACGGAUUCACUAGAGUAUUUGAAAAAAAUGCUGGGUUUAACACCGGAUUGCCUCAAUGGGGGCACGAAGACGUUAAGAGGAGAAUGUGCUUGCCCCAAAUUCUAUCGGGGUAAUUUAUGCGAAGAAUUGGUUUGCGUCAAUAAUGGCACUUUAGUGAAAAUACCCAAUCUUGUUCCAACACAGUAUACGUGCAGAUGUCCCUAUCCGGAAUACAUACACGGUCAGCACUGUGAACAUGUUAAAUGCUUAAAUGGUGGUCGCCCGAUGGACAAUGGACACUGUAAAUGUUUGGAUUAUUGGUAUACUGGGCAGUUUUGUCAGGAAUACGCGGCAUCAUGGGGUGUUGUACUUGGCCUACCUUUGUUGUGUAUCGUGAUUAUAAUUAUCUGUUGUGUUGUUUGCCGUUUAGAUUUGUUUCCAAGAAAACCUGUACAUUCACGAAGACGUCGAAGAACACCGCUAAAUGAAGUGUACGACGAGGGUAUAAGUCAUCGACGUCGUGGAUUGGAGAUGGGCAGAGGUAGUAACAGGACAGGCAAUGAAAUUUGUCUACGGAUGCAGGAGAACUUAUUAAAUGAUAAUAAUGGUGAAUCUGUGGUUCUAAGGCCUCACAAUUAUUUUUUGCCAUCGUGUAUAAUUCAUCUUGAUACAGUGUCGGGUUUCAAUCCUAAUUUACCAACUAAUGCAAAUUCGUUAAAGCCACUUCACCCCCCACCCUCUUAUGAAGAGGCGGUUGCGACAUUUUCAGUAGCACAACCUGUUGACAGAACUACUCAUGACACAGCAGUUCUCCCACCUGGAUAUACUUUUUUUCCAUGCCCACUAUUACCACGUUCUCAGUCUUCUAAUGUCUCCCAAAACAGUUAGAAC